AUGUCGAGCAAUGAAUACGGACCAAGAACGUCAAUCCUGUCGAGCAAUGAAUACGGAUCAAGAACGUCAAUCAUGUCGAGCAAUGAAUACGGACCAAGAACGUCGAUCUUGUCGAGCAAUGAAUACGGACCAAGAACGUCGAUCCUGUCGAGCAAUGAAUACGGACCAAGAACGUCGAUCCUGUCGAGCAAUGAAUACGGACCAAGAACGUCGAUCCUGUCGUGCAAUGUAUACGGACCAAGAACGUCAAUCAUGUCGAGCAAUGAAUACGGACCAAGAACGUCAAUCCUGUCGAGCAAUGAAUACGGACCAAGAACGUCGAUCCUAUCGAGCAAUGAAUACGGACCAAGAACGUCGAUCCUAUCGAGCAAUGAAUACGGACCAAGAACGUCAAUCAUGUCGAGCAAUGAAUACGGACCAAGAACGUCAAUCCUGUCGUGCAAUGAAUACGGACCAAGAACGUCAAUCCUGUCAUGCAAUGAAUACGGACCAAGAACGUCAAUCCUGUAUUCAUUGACCAAGAACGUCAAUCCUGUCGUACAAUGA